CUUUAUGCCUUGGGACUGCCUAAAAGUGGCCCUAUAGGCAGGUGGUCUUUAUAUAGAGCUGGUCACUAUAAGCAGGUGGUCUUUGUAUAGAUUUGGUUACUAUAAGCAGGUGGUCUUUAUUUAGAGGUUGCCACUAACAAAAAGUUGACUGUACAUAUGUGUUCCUAUUUUUAAAUGUGUAAAUGAAUAAUUACUUUCCUAUGUACAGGUUAAUUACAGUAAUGUGCUGGCAGUGAAUGGUGCAACUGCUCAUGCCUUAUAUGAUAGUGAUGGUACAGUGUACAAUAUGGGAACUAAAUAUGGUCUAUACAGUUCUUAUAACAUUAUUAAAGUACCGCCCCCUGAUAAAGGUGUGCAAGACAAUCCACUGCAAAAAGCAUCCAUUGUUUGUACUAUACCAAUGUCUAACAAGCAUCCCUCAUAUUAUCAUAGUUUUGGAAUGACAGACAACUACUUCAUAUAUGUAGAGCAACCACUUAUUUUAAAUAUCUGGAAGCUAGUCAUAAUGAAGAUCAUGGGAUAUACGUUUGCGGACUGCAUGGAGUUCCACAAAGACUGGCCAACACGUAUUCAUCUGUGUAAUCGGGAAACCAGUCAGCUAACUGAGAUCAAAUACAUAGCAGAUGCACUAUUUCUAUUUCAUCACGUUAAUGCAUAUGAAGAUAACGGCCACAUGGUUAUUGAUAUAUUUGCAUAUGAAGAUGACCUGAUCAUGAAAAGAAUGUACAUGAAAGUAGCACAAGAUGGCCACGAUCUGCCUCUCUCCCGGCCAUAUCGAUUUGUUUUACCAUUAUAUAUACCAAAGAAUACUAAGGUUGGAGUCAACUUAGUUACAUUGGACAAUUGUCAAGCUACAGCCAUGCUACGUGAGGAUGGUAGUGUCUAUUGUCACCAUGAACUGCUCUUUGAUCCAAACAUAAUUGCAGAAUUUCCAAGAAUAAAUUAUGAUGACUGUAACGGUAAAAAGUACAGAUAUUUUUAUAGUUCGGGACGUGAUCUAAUGCAGCUUUUGAAAUAUGAUCUAGAGAAAAGAACAAUAAAGGCAUGGAAGGAAGAUGAUAUGUUUGGAUCAGAGCCGGUAUUUAUUGCCAAACCUGGUGCUACAAAGGAAGAUGAAGGUGUAGUCAUUUCAUCUGUACUGUCAGGUGAUGAAAAGAAGUCAUCAUUUUUACUAAUACUUGAUGGAGAGUCUUUUGAAGAAAUUGGAAGAGCUGUGACACCUGCUCAUGUGCAGAACUCAUUUGGUGGGCAUGGAUUGUUUGAUUUCACUAUAAACUAGCUUCUAACAGCAGUAAGAAUACCACCAUUGUGAUUUGCUGUUUGCAUAUAAUAUAUAUUAUAUUAUUAUAUAUUUGCAGUGGAAUUUUAGAAAAUAUUAGUUCAUAAAAAUAAGCAUAUGCAGUUGUUCAGUACUGGAUUUUAAAAAUAUAUUAAAUCAUAUUGGUACAGUAGUACUUCGAAUAAUAAUUAAAUAACUACAUUUAGUUAAAAAGCACUUUAUAUUCUAUGAUGAAUAUAUCCAGGUUGAUUUCCUUCUUCUGAUUUGCUAUACACCCCUAAAAAUACU